AUGGAAAAACUGAGAAAAGCAGUGAACAAAAUAGCCUAUACGCCUCUCUCUCAAAGGUUCUCCACUUUGUCUCCGGUGCACCUCUCUCUGAUCCCACUUCUCUCCUUGGCUUCCUAUCUCUACGGGUUCGCUAUCUCCCUCCGCCACCGCCUCUAUCACCUCAACCUCCUCUCCGUGCAUAGGUUGCCAGUGCCAGUGAUUAGUGUUGGGAAUUUGACUUGGGGAGGCAAUGGAAAGACUCCAAUGGUGGAGUUCGUUGCACGCUUGUUGGCCGAUACAGGAAUACCUCCUCUUAUUCUUACAAGGGGCUAUGGUGGUGCGGAUGAAGCUAAAAUGCUUCAGAGGCAUUUGCGUGGGACAUAUGCUAAGAUUGGUGUGGGUGCAAAUCGAGCUGCCACGGCCCAUAGCUUUCUUGAACAAUAUGGUUACAUGAAUCUUCGCAGCACUACGUGCUCUGAGAGGCUUCUGUCCCAUGAAAAAGUGAAAAAUCAUUCUAAUUCAGGUCAUAUUUGUGCUGCAAUCCUAGAUGAUGGAAUGCAGCAUCUAAGUUUAUGGCGUGAUCUAGAGAUUAUAAUGGUGAAUGCAAUGAUGCCGUGGGGAAAUGGUCAAUUACUUCCACUUGGACCACUAAGGGAACCUUUGACUGCACUCAACCGAGCAGAUAUCAUUGUCAUCCAUCACGCAGACUUGGUAGCAAAACAUGAUAUUGAAGCCCUUGAAUCAACAAUUCGAGAAGUUGAAAAGGUUCUUCCUGUAUUCUUCACUAAAAUGGCUCCGUCACACUUCUUGAAAGUUGGAAACACGUCAAGUAGAAUUCCACUGAAGCUUGUCACUAAUAAGAUUGUAUUAUGUGUUUCUGGCAUCGGAUUUCCUGACUCCUUCAUUCAGAGGAUCGAGAAGAUGGGACCAACAAUUGUAGAUCGGCUAGACUUCAGUGACCACCAUUUAUUUCAACUCGAGGAUAUUGACAUGAUAAGAGCAAGACUGGAAGAACUCGAAUCCAAGUUUGCUGCUAAACCAGUUGUCAUUGUAACUGAAAAGGAUUAUGAUCGAGCUCCAGACGUUCUUGAAAAUUUGAAACCGUUUGAUAUUUUGGUACUUUGUUGUAACUUGCAAAUUCUGGCUCAUAAGGGAAGCACGGAAGAUAGCUUCAAAAUGAUCAUCAAGCAGCAUCUAAGGCAAGAUGAUCGGGUGUAA